CCAGAUAUCAAAAGCCAAAGCCGCCGACUUCAAACUGAACCAACUUUCUCAAUAUAUAAAACAAAGAGAUCAUUCGAAAACAAUCACGAUUAUUAGGUUUCUAAGACUCAAAAACUUGGAUCCCCUCAUUUUCUCCGGUCACCCUGCUCCUUCUGAGUAAAGAUGGCAUCUUUGAGUCUCACCUCCCCUUACAUUGUUAAAGUUGCAAUUCGCAAUCGAUCUACAAGUGCCAUUGUCAAAGCCCCAACAUCUCUUGGAUCUGUUAAGAGCAUCUCUAAAUCUUUUGGCUUGAAAUGUUCCUCCAAUUACAGAACCUCAAUGGCAGUCUACAAGAUUAAGCUUGUAGGACCGGACGGUGAGGAGAAUGAGUUUGAAGCAGCCGAUGAUCAGUACAUUUUGGAUGCAGCUGAGGAAGCAGGAGUUGAAUUGCCGUAUUCUUGCAGGGCUGGAGCUUGCUGCACGUGUGUCGGGAAGAUGGUUUCAGGUUCCGUGGAUCAAUCUGAUGGUUCUUUCCUGGACGAAAAACAAAUUGAGGAUGGUUAUGUGCUAACUUGUGUUUCGUACCCAACCUCGGACUGCGAGAUUCACACCCACAAGGAAAAUGAGCUCUACUAAGUGAUUUGUGGUCUGAAAUGAGUUGGUCUCAAGUUGCUGUCUGUGAACUCUUAUCUAAAUUUGCUGCCAAUGAGGACAGAUAUCUAUGUCCUUUAUAACGUGUUUUUUUUUUUGGCUGAAUUGUCAUAUCAGCUUAGAAUUUCAAUCAUAAUUGUGGAUUGCCAUGGUUGAAGAUGGACCCCUGUCCUAUGGAA